UUCUCUUCUUUCAUAACUCUAUCUUCAUCCUUAAUUUCCUCUUAUCUCUUAUAUUUUCUCUCUUCCAUCUUUUGUUGAUUGUUUUCUAAGGUUUUCAGAGGGUGUUAUUAGGGUUUUAGUGAUGGCAGAUGAUCAUCAAGAGUGUUUAGACAUGCCACCAGGGUUCAGAUUCCACCCAACAGAUGAAGAGAUCAUUAGUCACUACCUCACACCAAAGGUCCUCAACCAUGGUUUCACUGCAAGAGCCAUAGGCCAAGUUGAUGUGAAUAAGUGUGAGCCUUGGGACUUGCCAAGCAAAGCCAAGAUGGGGGAGAAGGAAUGGUACUUCUUUUGCCAGAGAGACAGGAAGUACCCUACAGGGAUGAGGACUAACAGAGCCACUGAAUCUGGGUAUUGGAAAGCAACUGGGAAAGAUAAGGAGAUCUUUAAGUCUAGGGGUGUCCUUGUUGGCAUGAAGAAGACCCUUGUUUUCUACAGAGGUAGAGCCCCUAAAGGAGAGAAAACCAAUUGGGUCAUGCAUGAAUAUAGACUUGAAGGCAAAACCCCUAACCUUCUUCUCAAAACUUCAAAGGAUGAAUGGGUUGUUUGUAGGGUAUUCCAUAAAAGCACAGGAGGAGGAGGAGGAGGAGUAGGGAUGGUGAAGAAGAGUCCUAUGGCUUUGUUAGACUCACCAACUUUGCCACCUUUGAUGGAUCCAAUGCCAAGUUUCAUCCCUGAUGUAUUGCCAUCAUUUAUACAUCCUAGUCCUAUCUUCCAAAUCAGUCAUGACCAUCAAAACAACAACAACAACAAUAACAAUAACAACAACAAUAGCAUGAUGAUGAUGAACCCUCAAAUGUACCCUCAAAUUAAUGCACCCUGUCCUAACUUGGGGUAUUUGCACCAUGAUCAAGCCAUGAUAAGGGCUCUUGUUGCAAGCACUGAACAUGCAUCAUCUUCUCUGAUUAAAAGGCAGCAGCAGUGCAAGGUUGAGCAAUUGUCUAACCAAUCCAUACUUAGCCAAGAUACCGGCAUGAGCACCGAUCGGAAUACGGAGAUUUCGUCGGUUUUUUCAACCAAGAAUGAGAUCAAUAACUAUGUUAGUUCUUCAAGGUCUUAUGAUGAUCUUGACUUGGAGAAUUUGUGGAAGUACUAAUGUGUUUUUUAUUUAUUUAUUAUUAUUUACUUUGCAUUGUUUUUUCUCUUCAUUUGUAUAUAUAAUCAUAUAUUAGAUUUCAGAUUGUUUUAGUUAAUUUAUAUAGAUAAAGAACUAUGAGGAACCUUAUCCUCUA